GCCUACGCAUCCAUCUCCUGAGUCCUCGCCUACAUCGGCACGGAGAUGGAGUAGACAAGGUUUUGGCAUCACUGUACUAUGGGUUGAAUGAAUGCUUUUUGCCACAGCCUAAGGAAGAAUGCCUUUAAAGGCAUGGAGCGGGGUGCCACCCGCAUGCUGAAGAAAUCAUGGAUCCCGGAAGUAUGGAAUAUUGUUUUUUGACCCUUGGGCAUUUUGUCCUUGAAAAAUGCCAAAAGAUAACAUUGAUACGAUGGUAGCACUGAGUGGAAAAAUAAAUAGGAGGAGUUUUGUAUGCCCAGACCACAGAGCCAUUACCUGCUGGUACAAUUUUAACUGAUUGGACCGCGCUGAAGUGAGACUUACUUUUUUUUAAACAAAUCCUUUCUUCAUUUUUCCACAAGCCUGUUGCUGACUCCCGGAGACACAAGCCCUGCUGGACGGCCUGAGGAGACCGCGCUCAGAUGGCAUCUUACCUGAUUGUCUUGAUGGCACUCCUGUGUUUUGACCAAGGAAGUGCUCUGAAAUGUUAUACAUGUGUGGGGGACAGCUGCCAUGGAAAGGGCCAAAGGUCCACCAACUGUUCAUCUUCCGAUGCCUACUGCGAGACCAUUGUGAUAGCUGCUCAUUUUGAUACCCACAAGUUUGAAAACAUCAUCCAGAAAUGCUCCUCCACCUGUGAGCCCUCCAACACAACUAUUGGUGUGUUGCAUGUGACAUCACAGUGUUGUAACAAUACCCUGUGCAAUAUCAACGGAGUGGCUGUUGUAACUGCCAGCCGGUGGGCGGUAGCCUUGGCUGUGUUGACCUGCUUUGCCUUCCCUCUGUUCGGGAGUAGGCUCUGAUGUUUUAGCCAAUCAAUGGAUUCAUCAGUUUGGCUGCAUUUAUUGAGCACCAACUGUAUGCCAGUCAAAAUCAAAGUGGAUCUGCCCUUAGGGAGCUUACAUUCAAAUGAGGGUGACAAUAUAAACAUAUAUAGAUCAAUACAAAACAUAUAUAGAAAACUGUUCAUUCUUAAAGAACCCACUCAAACCUGUUCCCUGGGGAGUCCAAGGUUGUAUUUACUCAGCACCAUGGAUCUGGGAACUAGGAAACAUCUGGGUUUGGGACAUCUUGGAGAUAAAACAUCUGGGUGACUAGAAGAAUAUUGUUCUGGAGUUAUAUAGAUGUAUUUCCAAACCCUCUCUCAGGAACUACCCAAUGAGUUAGAGACACAUUCUACCCUCCUAGGGGCUUCUCAAUUAGACUCCAAUCAACUUAACUCAAUAGCCAUCUAUUAAGCACCAACUGUGUCUAGAGCUCUGUGUUCACUACUGGGGGAGGCAUAAAGCUUAGGUUCUUGCCAGGUAUGAAACUAGCAGGGUACAAGUAGAGCUUUGGCCCUGCAUGCUGACAUCUGGAAGGCUAUGCUUCAUCCUUGUGCUGGUCGCUACCCCUAUACUUUACCUCAAAAUCCCACACUGGCCUUCACAUCUGCCUUCAGACCACCUGCCCCCUGCUCCCUGGGGCAUUGUCACUGUAGUGAUCCUCUUCUAAGGUCCAUCUUCUCCCCCAAACCUAUGAAUGUUAGGGGCAGGAGAACAUUCCCUCUUCCAGUUUAACAGAAUCUUCUUUUGAACUGACUUUUGUGCCCACUACAAUCCCCGCCAUGCCUAUGCCUCAGGUGGGAAAAUUCCUGGUUAUCAUCGUCAUGGAGCUCACUAGUAAGGGAGGUAAGACGUAAAUACAAAUAGCUAUGUAACACAACAUUACAUGAUAAACAUAUAUACUAAUAUAUAUAUAUUUGCAGCAACCCUAUAGAGAGAUACAUGGUUCUAUCUAUCUAUCUAUCUCUCCAUCUAUCAUCUAUCUAUCUAUCUAUCUAUCUACCUAUCUUUCCUACUUUCUACAAAAGAAAGCACUGUGUGACACCUGAAGGGAAAGGUUAUUGAGUUUUUAAAAAGCCUUCCUGGCUGCAGCUACCAGCAUCGGGUGGUUGGGAGUGCAGGGCCUUGCUGCUAGUUUACUCAGGGCAGAACUGUCUUUGCAGCAAAUUGCUUGGCCCGAAUCUGUUAGGAAAAUCCUUCUGCUGUGAUUUUCUGCAGGUCUGUGGCUGCCUCCCUCUUGGACUGGCUUGUGGCAUCCAAAGAUGGAUGGCACUGGAUAUCCCUGUGCAUAUACAGCUAUCUUCUCUGUGGUUUGGGCCAAUGGCUGAAAGUCGAUGGGUGGCUUUCCUGGUCCAUCUUUAGAGAUUAGGGGGAUUUGGUAUAGAGGCUAAAGGGUUAUAGGGACAAGGAAAGGGAUGACAAUACCUCACAUUUUAUGGGCAAAAGUGGAAAGAGCCCUGGGCUCAGAGUAAAAAAUAAAAACACUUAGUAGUAGAAGUGGAGAGGAGGGUGUGGACAAAAACUAACCCUGCUUCUGCCACUGAAUAGUUAUGUGAUCUGGGGAAAGUCAUUUCCUUUCUCUGAGACACAGUUUCAUAGAAUUUACAGACUGAGUUGGAGACAACCACAGAGGCCAAUCUACUUCAACCUAAACUAGAACAAGAAUUCCCUGGGCUGUAUAACAGAGGAUCACUCAGUUUUUGCUUGCAGACCUCCAGUGACAGGGAAUUCACUACUAUGUGACACAGUUCACUCCACUUUUGUAAAGUUCUCAUUGCAGAUUUUCCUUACAUGAAGCCUAAGGUAGGCUAUUUUCCACCUCCACCCAUUGUUCCAUUUGGCCCUCCGGGACAAAGAGAGCAAAUCCCAUCUUAUUUCCAUGGAACAGACCAUGUACUUGAAAAGAAUUGUGAUGUUUCCCACCCCAGGAUCCCAGGAUCUGAAUCUUCUUUUCUCUAGGCUAACUGUACCUAGUUCUUUCAAUUUGUCCUCAUAUAGUGUGAACUUGGAAGCCUUCACCGUCUCCAUCGCCUGAUAGCUUGUUAAAGUUCUUCCUUAACUGUCCAUCCUAAACUGAAUAUAAUACUUUAGAUGUGGUCUGACCAGGACAGAAGACAGCAUGACCAUCAUCUCCUUUUAUUUUUGCCUACCCCCAUGUGCAAAACAAAAAGGUUGUCAACAAACCCGCCAUGUGGCUCAUGUUCUAAAAUUCUAGGAUACUGUGAUGACAUGUCAUUUCAUGAUUUGCAAGGUUUCCAUUAUCCCAUAGGGCUCCCCAAAACAACCCUUGGAGGUUAAUAGGCAAAAUAUUAACCACAUCUGACAGAUACGGAUUUUGGACUGAGGUCUAAAAAAAAGGGACUAAUUUUCCCAAGGUCACAUAGCUACUAAGAGACAAAGUAGGGACUACAACCGUGCUCCCCUCAUGCAUUUUUCCAUUUCACUCCAUUUCUAAGAGGGCAGAGUCAUUUCUAGCGACCCCAGCAGAGCAUUCACUCUGCUUGGCCCCACUCUUUCUCCUUAGGACGUGCUUUUGUAACCCUUCUCUCGGUUUUAGCUUUUACAACUAUCCUGGGAGAUAGUCAGGGAAAGAUCAUUAGCCUCAUUUCACAGGUGAGAAAAAUUAGACCCAGGGUGGUUGUUCUCCAAGAGGACGUAAGGAAUUAGCAAUGGCGCCAGAACUAGAGCUGAGGUCACCUGACUCUCAGCCAUAAUUGGAGCUGGUAGGGGCAGAGCCCCAAGGGAGGUUUUUAUUGAUUCUACCUCUGAAAUAUCUCUUUUGUCCACACUCUCCUCUCCACUUCUACUACCACCACCCUAGUUCAAGGUCUCCAUCUAUCACUCCUUACUGGGUCGAUUAUAAGUCUCCUAACUGCUCUCCCCAUCUUCAGCCUAAUCUUUACAUAGCUGCUAGAAAAACAAAAAACAAUUCUUACUGAUAUGGUCUGACCAUAUUAACCCCCUGCUCAAAAACAUUCAAUGCUUUCCCUAUUACUUCUAAAAAAUGUUAUGACUGAUGUGAAAAUAUGUUUAGUAUGAUUGUACAUGUAUAGCCUAUAUCAGAUUGCAUGCUG